UUUCAAGUGCGGUAGGCGGGAGGCAGCCGAAUUGUGCUGUAAUGUUUUUAUUUGUAUUUAGUUAGUUUUAGAAAAAUUUCACUGGUUGUAGGACUUAUCCAUUUAAUGCAACAUGUCAGAGGAAACUGAAAUUCAAGAUCCUGCUGUUAAGAAAGCGCGACUAGUGGAUGAAGCUGGUCAAAGUGAAGAUGAAACAAACUUUGAAUUUGAAACUCUGCUUCGUCUCAAACCAAAGUCAUCUGUUGUCAAGGAUUGCCCAGAGUCUCACAUAGAAACAAAUCCUGAAACUGUGCUUUUAUUCGAACCUAAUCCAUCUACUGUCAUGGAUAUGCCAGAGUCUCUCAUGGAAAUUAACCCCGAACUUGCGCCUCUUAAUAAGGAACCAAACUCAUCAGUUGUUGAUUCCCAAGUGUCUCAUGUGGAGACGAAUCCUACAACUGCGCUCCUUAAUGAACCAACUUCUACAGCUGUCGUGGAUACCUCAGUAUCUGGAGUGUCUCACGUGGGAACAAAUCCCGAAACUGUACUUUUAAUUGAACCAAAUUUGGCUGCUGUCACAAAUAUCUCAGUGCCUCACAUUGAAAUUCCCACUUCAGCACUUCUCACCACAGGUAUGCGUAAACUUCAUUGUAUUCUGCCUGCAGACUGGAUUUGCUCUGCUGACUCAACAGGCUUCUCCAUUUGCUUUUUAAAUCUAGGAGCCAUUAAGAUUAUUCAAAGACAAAUUUUUGUUUCAUUUUCGGGUGAAGCAAAAGCAUAUGUUCACUGCAGUCCAUGCCCCAUGCUAGAUGAAAUCUUUAGUUUUGUACACAACCCUGUAAAGUUUUGCAGAGAAUCCAUAGAUGAAUUUUGUAAGAGUAUUAUGUCAUUGAUAGAAAUUGUUUUACAGCAUAGGGUGUGUAUUGGAGUGAACAGUAAAAAAUAUCGGGACAAGUGGCCAACCAUACCAAAGUCGUACAUUGAUUUAAAUCCGUAUUUAGAAACAAGUUAUGAGAAAACUCUCAGAUCUUCUAAAUGUUCAAAACUCAUAACCAAUGAGAGUGAGGAACCUCGGUGUGACUCCUGUUCAAAACUUAAGAAGUAUGUUAAAAAACAUGUAGUACCUGUAGAGACUCCAUCCCUGCAAUAAUUUUGUUUGGCAGAGCUACUAAAGUAAUUAUGAUAUGUAUAUACAUGUCAAAAUUCAAUGCAAGUUUAUUGUCAGGCGCCUAUAAGGUAGGCAGUAAUCUUUACAUAAUGUCAUUUCAAACUUCAAUUAUACGCUCACCACAAUAUGCUAAUAAUAUCAUCAUAAAAUUUAAUUACAUUUUAUUUACACUGAGAGUUAGCUUGGUAAGAAAGAUGAAUGGAGCACUACAAGCUACUUUUGUGAUCAGGUUGAUAUGCAAUGAAAAUAUUUUGAUAUCAAGAAGUUAAGAAAAACUAGUUUGCAAUGCUCCGUGCUGUCAUUUGAUACGCAAUACCCAGUGUCUUAAAUAUAUAAUUCUUUGCUUAACAGGCUAUCUGUAAAAUUACCGCUUGCAUGAAGCUUAUUGUCUGAUAUUUAUGGUAAUGUCAAUGUAUUGUCUUAAUAAUACAGCCUUAACUGAACAAAA